AUGCAGCAGCGGCAGCUAAACCCGGGGAGCAUUGCUCGUCUGACGACGCCCGCCGCCAUCUUCUCGCUCGCCCUUGUCUUCUUCUCCGCCUUCAACUACGGCUUCAGCGACCAGUCCUUCGCGUCGACGCAGGCUACCACAGCCUUCACCCGCCAGUUCGGCGAGUACAACGCAAAGACGCACAAGUAUGCGCUGACGACGGUCUACCUGAGCCUGCUCAACAGCAUCAAGGCCGGCACGCAGCUGGUGGGCGUCUUCAUCGGUAGCUGGAUCAGCAACCGGUAUGGUCGGCGGGCAUGCAUCUGCGCCAUGAGCGUGUAUGCUCUGGGGAGUACGGCCGUCAUCGUCUCAUCAUCAGGCCGCGCGCAGAUGCUGGUCGGUAGAAGCAUUCACUACAUUUAUCUGGGUAUGCAGCUAUCUGUCAUCCCUACCUUCUUGGCCGAGAUUUCUCCUCCCCGGCUGCGUGGAACCGCUGGCGCCUCUUACUGGCUCGCCAUCAAGUUUGGCGGUCUCAUUGUCACGUCUAUUGUACGAGGCACCUCGACCAUCAAAGGAAAUGCCUCCUGGCGCAUUCCCAUUAGCUUGAUUCUCGUCAUACCGGCAUUCAUCAUCCCUCUAGUGUGGUUUAUCCCAGAGUCUCCUCGAUGGCUGCUUCUUCGCGGCAAGCGAGACGCUGCGCUGGCUUCCCUCACACGUCUGCGACAGUCUCGCGCCGACCGCGCGGCACAACUGCCCCCCUCAGAGCCCGUCAUCCAAGAGCUCGACGAUCUUUCUGAUGCCAUUGAGCGCCUGCGUCGAGAAACAGCCGAAUCGCACCCCAACCACAAAGGCUCGCGCUCCAUCGCCGCAGGAUUCCACCUCCGACAGUUCUUCGCCAUGUUCUCACGCAGGCACUGCCAGUGCACCGCAGUCUGCGUCGGGCUCCUCUUCUUCCAGCAAUCCACUGGCCAGUCGUUUGCAUCCCAGUACGGCACGCUCUUCGUCAAGGCUCUGCACACCAUCAACCCGUUUAGCGUGGCGCUCGGCAUCAACGCCAUUGACAUUGGCGCCAUCCUGAUCUGCAUGGCCCUCGUCGACCGAGUCGGUCGCCGCAGCCUGCUCGUCGCAUCGGCUUUGCUGCAAACCGCCUCUUUGAUGAUCAUGGGCGGCCUCGGCGUGGUCGCGCAUGCUUCCGACACAGCGCAAGGCGCGGCGUCCGCGUCGGCAGGCGCCAAGGCCGGCAUCGUCGCCAUGCUGAUGCUCUACUCCUUUGGAUGGAGUUUCGGGUACGCACCCUUGGCCUACGUCGUGGCUGCCGAGCUGCCUUCCCCAUUCUUGCGUGAAUACACGCUGCGGCUGGCAUACUCUGUCAAGCUCAUCAUGGAGUUUGUCAUCUCGUUCACGUAUCCGUACCUGGAGGACGUGAACAAGGGCAAUCUUGGCGGAAGACUGGGCUUCAUCUAUGGAUCACUAGCCUUCCUAGCGCUCCUAUUUAGUAUCUUUGCGGUUCCCGAGACAAAGCAUAUUGAGCUGGAAGAUAUGGCCAUCGUUUUUGAGAAACAUCAGCUUCGACAUGGCAAGCUUGCUCCAGCCGGCUCUGACACGGUCCCAGGUGACAAGGACGUGAUAUUCAAGGAAAAUGACAGCGCCACGGCUGAAGAGAAGAGCGACAGUAUAGAACCAGUGCCGAUAUCUUCAAAGUAA